UGGUCAUCUGAGAUCAUCUUCAUUAUUACUCCACAGGCAUUGAUUCUGGUUAACAACAAAAUCAGCAAAAUAAGCCCGUUAGCUUUUGCUCCUCUGAAGAAACUGGAAAGACUCUACCUGUCCAAGAACAACCUGAAGGAACUCCCAGAAAACAUGCCGAAGUCUCUUCAGGAGAUACGAGCUCACGAGAAUGAGAUCUCCAAGUUGAGGAAAGCUGUCUUUAGCGGACUGAAUCAAGUGAUCGUCUUAGAACUAGGCACCAAUCCAAUCAAGAGUUCAGGCAUUGAAAAUGGAGCUUUUCAGGGGAUGAAGAGGCUCUCCUACAUCCGUAUCGCAGACACCAACAUUACUAGCAUCCCAAAAGGCCUUCCCCCGUCCCUUACUGAACUUCAUCUUGAUGGCAACAAAAUCAGCAAAAUUGAUGCUGAUGGUCUGUCUGGACUCACCAACUUAGCGAAAUUGGGUCUUAGCUUCAACAGUAUUUCUUCAGUUGAAAAUGGCUCUCUUAACAAUGUACCUCAUCUGAGAGAGCUCCAUUUGAACAACAAUGAACUUGUCAGAGUACCUGGUGGGCUUGGUGACCACAAAUAUAUCCAGGUGGUCUAUCUUCACAACAACAAAAUUGCUUCAGUUGGUAUAAACGACUUUUGCCCUCUUGGCUACAACACCAAAAAGGCUAGCUAUUCCGGUGUCAGUCUUUUCAGCAACCCUGUACAGUACUGGGAAAUCCAGCCCUCUGCUUUCCGGUGUAUCCAUGAACGCUCUGCAGUACAGAUUGGAAAUUACAAAUAGAUGUCUAAAGAAGGGGUUCGGUUCUUUUUCAGCUAAAGUACCUGUUGUAAUAGGCCUGUUCAAAAAAUUGUUGCUAACAAUUAAUGCAAAAUACCAGAAACUUCAUUUUAAAGUGGAGAUGAUCUAUUGAUGUAGAAUAAAUGAAUCAUUACAGAUGUACAAGAUCAAGCAUACCACCAAAAAGAAUUGACAACUGUGCUUUAAACUGACUUAUUCAGCCUUCUUUUCCAGCAUGCUUUCUGUGGUAUUUUUCAGUUUACUGAAUGCUACAGGUUUUCAGAUUCCACUGUAUAUGAGAUUCGGAGUAAAUAUUUGUCAAGCUACAAUAUAAAAAAAGAGUAAAAGAUAGUGAUUGAGGUUAUUUUUAUAGCCACAAAAAACAGUAGAGGGAAAAAGGACUCUCAAAUAAUCUCGAGACUUGAGAAGGUGAGAGUUACCUCCUUUCAAUUUAUUUCAAGCCCUGGAGGUUUAAAAAUAUCCAGUAUAACACUAAGCUAAUUCUGAAUGUAUCUAUUUAGCAGAGGCAAAUAAAGUUGUUGCUAAUGUCAUUAUUUUGGAAAAAUAAAAUAAAUUCAUAUUGUACACAUA